UGCUUACAUUUUCUCACCACUGAGAAUUGUUCGGCAACCUCGACCUCCUCUCACAGCUUCGUUAAAUCGAUUGGAGUGUUUCACGGCGCUUAGUGAAUGUAUCGUGGCGACAUGGAGGUCCACAGAGAACGAAUGAAUAUCAGCAAUUCAAGAGCCGCCAAAAGCAACAAGAACAGAAUUCUGGUUGCCAUUGACUUCGGCACAACCUAUUCUGCCAUUGCUUGGGUGCGAGCAACCGCGCGAGGUGGUUCACAACCUCAGGGUAUCAUUCAAAAUUGGCCGGGCAAAGCCAACACAGAGGACAAAGUCCCGACCAAAAUGGGGCUUCCGCGUCAAAGACCAGAAGACGAGAUAUGAGUGGUUCAAGAUUGAACAAGAUCCAAAUUAUACUAAGUCUGAACUUCUGAGGAACUAUCCGAAGACUACAAUUGUCCCUGGCAACGAAGAUAAAGUUGAAGAGCUAAUUACUA